CAAUAGCUAUGCUCAUAUAUAUAUAUACAUAUAUUAUAAUUUUACUUUAUUUAUUUUGAGAAUGGAGAAGGAUUUGCCUAUGGAGGUCCUCCAAUUUUUUUAUAUGGUUCCAAAAGAAGCUGUGAUUUUCGAUGAUAGCAAGAAUGAUUUGUCGUCUACUAAGACGUUUUUGGAUCUUCUUCCUUGUUUCUAUCGUUCAGUUUUCCCUAGAAGGUAUUAAAAAGAUGCUUCCAGUUGUCCGAAAUUCCAUUACUUCGAUCAUUUCCAGGUUGUUAAUACAUAUACAUUCACCCUCUCGCUUUGGAACCUUCAAUCAAGGUUACCAAAAGCUAGGAAGACAAGGUAAGGGGUAGAAGAAGAAGAAGAAAAAAUAAAGGAGAUGCAUUGUUUAGCAUUAGAAGCUACUCAUUGACCACCUCCAAGCUACUCAAGUGGGAAACACCAAGUGAUUGCUCCAUCACCUGCAAUUACUCUUGGAAUUCAGAACUCUCCUUCUAUGCAGCAUUCAGCGGCAUUAUUCUUUUUCCUUGGAGGGCUAGUUGUGCUUCUAAUAUUGCUGAUUCUCGUAUUUAUCUUCUGGAAAAUUAUCAAACCAGAAAAGCUGAAAAAGUCUGUAGGAUGUACUAAAGGGCAGCAGGGUUCAACUGAUUUCUUUAGUGGAAAUCUUCGAACCAUAAGCUAUUUUGCCUUCCACAAAUUAAAGAAGGCAACUAAAAAUUUUCACCACUGUAAUCUUCUUGGAAGAGGUGGUUUUGGUCCUGUCUAUCGGGGAAAACUAGAAGAUGGAUGGAAGGUUGGUCGCUGUGAAAAAACUAUCCCUUGACCAAUCCCAGCAGGGAGAAUCAGAAUUCCUUGCAGAGGUGAGGAUGAUCACAAGCAUACAACAUAAGAACCUGGUUCGCCUUAUUGGAUGUUGCUCAGAUGGAGCUCAGCGGCUACUUGUCUAUGAGUACAUGAAGAAUAGGAGUUUGGACCUCAUACUAUAUG